GGCAUACCGAGGUACAGGUCAACAGACACGGAAUGGAACUGUACUGUGUAAUUGUACGUCGCUUGAGGACUGAAACUCGAGGAUACCAUGUUGAGAUUAUAGGUAGUGGCACAAAUUUUGAUUUCAAAGACACCCACAUGAUACAGGAGUUUUGCUGUGUCUCGUUGCAGUAUCCAUCGCACAUCGACGCCCGAUGGCGGCCAACGGCGCCACGAACGGCUCCUCAGAGCGCCCACAGACUGGUAUCACAGUCAUCGUAGUUGGAGCAGGCUUCGGCGGCCUAGGCGCUGCCAUCGAAUGCCACCGCCACGGCCACAAGGUCUCCAUCUACGAAGCGUUCCCGGAGCUCAAAGCGCUAGGGGACAUCAUCUCGUUCGGCCCAAACGCAGGGCGCAUCUUCCACCGGUGGUCCAACGGGUCCGUAGCGCAACGCAUGCGCGACUUUAGCAUCGACCUGCAGAAGUAUGGUUUUAACAUCCACAAGUAUGACACGGGAGAAGUCGUGUUAAACCAACGGGCGCCCGCAGGGGAUCCCGCGGCGCCGAAUUUCAAUGGACAUCGCGGAGAGCUGCACCAGGUCGUGUAUGAUUACGCGACGCAGGAGUUGGGUAUCCCGAUUCAUUUGGGGAAUAAUAUUAAGACGUAUUUCGAGGAUGAUGAGGGGGCCGGGAUUGAGUUGGAGAGCGGGGAGAAGGUUGAGGCCGAUGUUGUCAUUGCCGCAGAUGGGGUGAGAUCCAAAGCCAGGAAAUCCGUCCUGGGAUACGAGGACAAACCCAAGAGCAGUGGGUAUGCCGUGUGGCGCGCCUGGUUCUCCAACAAAGACAUGCUAGCCGACCCCCUGACCGCCCAAUUCUGCAACAACGGCGACACUUUCAACGGCUGGAUCGGGCCGGACAUGCACUUCCUUUUCAGCACCAUCAAAAACGGGUCAGACUGCAGCUGGGUGCUCACCCACCCCGACGAGCACAACAUCGACGAAUCAUGGAGCUUCCCGGGCAAGUUAUCCGAAGUCCUCGCUUCCAUCAAAGACUGGGACCCCAUGUGCUCGCGCAUCAUCAGCAAAACCCCCGAAGACAAGCUCGUCGACUGGAAACUGGUGUACCGCGACCCUUUGCCGACGUGGGCUAGCCCCAAAGGCAGGAUUUUGUUGUUGGGCGACUCGGCGCACCCGUUUUUACCUACAAGUGCGCAGGGGGCGGCGCAGGCGAUUGAGGAUGCGGUGACGAUCGCGACGUGUUUGAGACGUGGGGGAAAGGGCAGUGUACCGACAGCGGUUAGAGCGCACGAGAGGAUUAGGUAUGAGAGGGUGAAGGCGGCGCAGAAGACGGGGGAGAGUACGAGAGAUAUGUGGCAUAAGACGGAUUGGGCUAAGGUGAAGGAGAACCCGGAGAUUAUCAGUUUUCCGAGACUGGAUUGGAUAUUUGGACAUGAUGCUGAGAAGCAUGCGGAGGAGCAGUAUGAUGUGGUUGUGAAGGAACUUGCGGGUAAAUAGAUAGAUGGUUCGAACGGACAUGGAAGGUGAGAGUGGGGGUAUCAGAUAUUGUGUUCUAGCUGUUGCGUAUUUCAUCAUACGUAAUUGCAUCCUGGCUCUGCGAUCGCAUCUAAUCUUCAAUUCUGCUGUUGGUCCCAAACACAAAUGAGC